AUGACAACGCCGAGUUCAACGAGUAAAAAAAAAAGAGGGGAGUCAUGGACUGAAGAUGGAAUGAGAGCUGCAAUUAAAGCUGUGCAAAGAUGUCAGCUCACUCAGAGAGCUGCAUCUACAAGUUAUAAUAUACCACGACGAACUUUAAGGGACCAUUUGAAAAUAGGAAGCGUUACAAAGCGUUUGGGGCGAAAACCAAUUUUUACAGAUACACAGGAAUCUGAUUUGGUUGCAAGAAUAAAAAGAUUUGCAAAAAUUGGAGUACCCCUCACACCAAAAUUCAUUAGAAAACAAGCGUACCUUUUUUGUGAGAGAUAUGAUAUAAAAAAUAACUUCAAUGAAGUAAAAAGGAUAGCCGGUGCCGAUUGGCUAAGACUCUUUUUGAAACGCAAUCCAUCAAUCAGCAAAAGGAAGCUACAGAUAAUGAAUCCAGCUCGAGCUCAAAAGUUAAACAAAUCCAUCGUGGAGCAACAUUUUCAGGCUGUGAAAAAGUUAUAUGAUGAGUUAGACAUCCUACGACAUCCGGAGAUAUUGUACAAUAUGGAUGAAAAAGGAUGCCGUAUAACUGUACAUAAACAACAAACCGUGUUGGCGGAAAAAGGAAGUAAAAGAGUUCAUCUUAUCGCCCCCGAACACGCAGAAAAUGUGACUAUAACGAUGUGCGUAAAUGCCAUCGGUACAGCAAUCCCGCCAAUGAUAUUGUUUAAAGGGCAAAGACAAAGACCUGAUUUGUCAGAAAACUUACCAGCUGGGACACUAGUUAGAAUGGCCCCGAAGGGUAGCAUGACGUCUGACUUAUUUGUUGAAUUCAUUAAGCACCUAAGUCAAUUCAAGGUAGCUGGGAAAUGUUUGUUGGUUUUUGAUGGUGCUAAAUGUCACCUCUCAUGCGAGGCACUCGAUGAAGCUGAAAAAAAUGACAUAGUCUUGUAUUGUCUCCCUUCAAAUACUACGCAUGAGCUUCAACCUUUGGACAAAUCAGUAAACAAGUCCUUUGAACACCACUGGGAUGAAGCUGCAAUGAAUUUUUUAUAUGCAAACGCAGAUAAAAAAAUGACCAAAUCCACGUUUAAUAAAAUUUUUAGUCAAGUCUGGCCUAAAUGUAUGACACACAGCAACAUAGUAAAUGGUUUUAAGGCAACGGGACUCUUCCCUUUCAAUCCUGAAGCAAUCCCAGAAGAGGCAUAUGCUCCAUCGAUUUUAUCAGAAAUUCCUUGCUCUGCAAUUCAGCAGCAACCAAUGCAGGAUUCAGAUCUAGACGCUGAUACAGGCAACUCAACGUUUCCAUCAGAUAUUCCAUGCCUCCCCGCUUGUGAGCAGCUCAUGCAGGACAUCGGAUCAGAAGAAGACACUGCUAAACCGUCGAUGUUAUCAAAAACUCUACCCCCACCAACUCACAAACAGUUCAUGUCAAACACUAGACUACUCGAUUAUGCUGGUAACUUUCAAGAUAUUUCUAUACAAUCAGAAGUAACUUUCAAAGAUAGUACAAGAACAAAAUCACGUCUUGUAGAAUAUAGUUCAUCUACGGAAUUUUCAGAAGGAGAAGAAGAAGAAAAAAGAGAGAAAGAAGAUACCGGACCUUCUGCUUCAUCACCUUCUAUUUUAGCAGCAACUUGUUCAGCAUUAGAAGCAAGCUGUUCAAGGUUGCUAAUAUCAAAUGUUCAGGAUAAUAGAGGAAUAAGUCCUAUAACCAGUAUUGCAAGUUCUGUGUCAGAAGUGGAUUUUCACCUAAACCAAAAUUAUUCCAAACUUGCAGUAGCGGAUGUAUAUACGUCAUCUGAAGAGGAGAAUGAAAGUUCUUUUAACAAGGUAUAUACUACACCCAAAAAACAGACCAUUUAUAAUUUAUCGCGAGAUAUUCAUAAAACAAAUUCUGAUGGUUUUACUUGUUCGGAUGAUAGUGAAGAUAAUCUUCCAUUAAGCACAUUAAAUAAACAAAAUAGUAAAACACCAUUUCAAGAAUUUCUGCCAACGCCCAAAUAUGCAGUUGUUAAAACUAAACAUCCGCGUAAAAAAGCGAUCAACUAUAAAGGUCAAAGGAUUACUAAGGAUCUAUUCGCAGAAGACAAAAAUACAAAGCAAAGGAAUAUAAAGAAGGUUAAAAAUAAAAAAGAACAGGAAAAUAAUGCAAAACAUACGAAAACUCUAAGAGAGAAAAAAACGAAUAGAAA